AUUACCUUUGUACCUUGUUCAGCUAUCAAAAAUUUGGGGUCCAGUCCCUGGACCCAUUAUGUACCUCUGUAAUCUUUUGACUACCGCCCAAAACAUAGGUAUGGGGUGCAUAAUAAAGAUAUUAAACUAAGCCGUAGCUGGAUCGCUCGCACACUCGGCUCACACACUGAGGUCCGGAGAUUGAAUCCCCGUUAUGGCUGGAAAACAUUAGGAUGUGUUUCCUUAAAUACCUGUUGUCCUUGUUCACCCGUCAGUAUAAAAUGGUACCUGGGUGUUAGUCAACUGAUGUGGGUCGCAUCCUGGGACAAAACUCAGCUAAUUUGAUCGAAAUGCUCUGCAUAACAAGCAGCUUUCUAUAUAGUGCCUGAAGAAAGAUUGGAAAGAUGCCUACUGUCAUUCUUUUGGAUGUGUCACUGUCAAUGAGUCGUGGUGUGGAUAUAGCAAGCCCCUGCCCAGAAGAUGAGAACGUUGAGGGCUUAAUGUUGAGGAAAGAUCUUGCUGUUCAUGGCUGUAACAUUCUCCUUGAUCAUUUCAUCCAGCAUUGCAAGUUAGAGUUUGCAUCUUUGAUAGUAUUCUCAUCAGUCUAUAAAGUUCUGAUGCCAUUCACUAGAGACUUUGAAUCAAUUAAGACUGCUUUGAAUUUAGUUGAAGAGUGUGACAAAACCAGCAUUGACGUUGGACUCGUUGGAGCAGCACAACAUAUUCUAGAGGAGUGGGGCAAUGGGACACCUUGUCAGAUUGUUUUAGUGACUGAUGGUAAUGCAGGCACAGGACAGCAUUCAUUACAGAAGUCAAUGAUGUCUUCGCAUUCCCGAGGAGCGUCACAAUUUCCAUUACCAUUUCCAUUUCCUGCUAAACUGACCAUUGUUUGUAUUGCAAAUCCCACUGAGCCAUGCCUUCAGACAUCUAAACCAUUAUAUCAGAGGCUGAUAGAACUUAAUGGAGAGGGAGAUAUUUUAGUUCCUGAUGGUUCCCUUAGCAAAAAGACUGUAACAGAGAUGUUUGACCAGCUGAUCAAGAACAAUUUCUCCUCAUACUCUGGGACUCUUCACUGUGGCAACUUGUCUGCUCCUGUCACCUUGUCACCUCCACCUCAACCUUAUUGCCGUCACCACGAUUUUGAGGUGAUGCGUGUCAGUGUGGAUUCUGCUAUCCAGGUGUUGGGUUUUCUCAACACUGGAGAUGUGUCCUCUCCUCCUGCCUUCUCAAGGCAUCUGGUCCUACCACUCUCUGCAAAAGGUGACAUGGUAAUGUUGCCGAAGGUUGAUCCAGGAAGUGAUGAUGAAGGAGGUGGUGGCAAUGAUGAAGGAAAAAUUCCCUCAUUUUGUGUCUUGCUUCACGGUGGACUAAAGCGUGAGAAUAUGGUGGCUUUGUGUCAAGUGGGAGAAAACUGGCAUGGUAUCCUCUACUCAUGGGCAGACAACAAGAAAAAAUCAAAUCUGAUGCUCUCUCUCUUUGUACCAGGACUGGAUGUCAUUCCAUGGAUGGGAAAGUUGUCUUAUCUGGGACCUGCUUCACAGUUACCAGUCAAUCCUUAUGGACCAUCUGAUACUUCAUCUCCAUUCCCACUCAAG